UGAGUUCUAUGUUUACUGUUUCAGGGUUUGCCAACUUAAUAAGCUAUUUUUAAAGAGGCGAUGAUGCUGAUAAUGAGAUAUCACCUGAAAGGAUAAACAAUCAAAUUAAUGUUGAUUAGCUUUUUAUAAAGGUUUUUAAUGUCUGGCGUAUAUUUAUAUAGCUAAUCAAAAUAAUUGGGUGUAUAGCAAGCAGGCAUACUUCAAAAUCUUCAAUAAUAGGCAUGUUAAUUUCCCACUUCGUGAUUUAUGCAACUUUUAUAUCAACAGUUUAUCCAGGUGAAUUUGGUACAGGACUUACAGCCCAGCAUUUGAAAUUUUUGCAAGACAAAGGUUAUCUGAAACCACCUGAUCCUUAUGCUGGUACCUUGAAAACCCAAGAAGAAAUAAAGGACUCAUUAAUUCGUUUUCAAUCCUUUGCUGGAAUUCCUGUUACAGGCAAAAUCGAUUCUGUGACUCUCAAAAAGUUUAACCAAGCACGAUGUGGCAUGUCGGAUCUAUCACUGCACUCUAAAAAACGAAGAAAAAAACGAUAUGUUUUGCAGGGUGGAAAAUGGCCUAAAAAGGAAAUAACAUAUCGAAUUGAGAACUAUUCACCAGACCUCUCAAAAAAGCACAUUCGUCAGACUAUACGAAGGGCGCUUUCUCGUUGGGAAGCUGCUUCUCAGUUGCGCUUUUAUGAGAGACAUGAAGGAAAGGCUGAUAUAAUGAUAAAAUUUGAAAGAAAAGACCACAACGAUCCAUAUCCAUUUGAUGGACCUGGAGGAACAUUGGCACACGCUUUCUACCCUGGUUUACAUCACUUAGCUGGAGAUACGCAUUUUGACGAAGACGAGUUAUUCACGUUAAAAAGCACAAAAGGGAAGAAUUUCUAUUGGGUUUCUCUUCAUGAAUUCGGUCAUGCCAUUGGGCUGAAACACAACAACAUCAGAGGUACUGUCAUGUAUCCGUGGUAUGAACGUUACACUGGUGAAAAAGUCGAUCUGAGUGACGACGACAAGAGAGGAGUACAGGCUUUGUAUGGUUCCCCACAUGGCGAAAGAGACACAACUGAGCGCACUGACAGCGUUAAACCAAAAGUGCGAUGUGUGGAAAGAGUAAAAGCAAUAUUUGCUGGAGAAAACUCAGAAAGCAUCAUCAUAAAUGACGACAAAGUUUACGUGUACGACAAAGACUUGCGGUAUAAGAAAGGUCCUUUUCCGUUGUCGCAAUAUUUCAGCGGACUGACUAGUGUGGACACGGCGUAUAAGUUGCAGAACGGACGCACGGUCUUCCUGCAUGGAUCAAGUUAUUGGGAAUUUCGCGAUCGCACACUUGUUCACGGACCAGAUCAUGUAUCGCGUAUUGGACUUAACAGACAUACGCACAACUUAGACUCUGCUGUUCGAAUGUUUGGCAAAGUCUACUUAUUUAAAGGAAGACGUUACUGGCGCCUCGACCCAAGCCGUAACCGCAUCGACGCAGGUUAUCCGAAACAGAUAUCUGAAGGUUGGAAAGGUGUACCAAACCACGUUGACAGCGUGUAUCAGUGGAAUGGGCGUAUCUUCUUUUUCAAAGGGUCAACAUACUAUCGUUUAAAUAAACGAAGAUUUGAAGUACAUCAGAAGUACCCACUUCCAAUUUUGAAUAACUUGCUAAUGUGUGGGAAUCCGAAAAUGGCGCAAAUUCAAUCGGGUUUCCACAAGACGUCGGCAUCGAAGAGAAUGUUGUCUAAAGAGAUAACUACAUUUGUGUUUCUCUGGAUUUGUUCAGCCAUCACUUUUUUUUAGGUUUUAUAUUUAUUUUUUAUUGUGUACAUUUUAAAUGUAUAUAAAAUUUUUAAGAAUUUAUAGAGGAUUUUUUUUAAAGUUCUGUUCCAAAUUUAUAGUUAGAAAAUCUCAUUGCAAAUAAACAACACGUGACAAUACUGCUUUCUUUGCAAGUUUCUCUUUUGUUUUGGUUUUCUGUUCAGAUUUCUAGACACGAUCUUGCAUUUUUUCUAAUGGCUAAAAUUGUGUAGUAUUACAUUGCAUUUCAUUUUUAUACAAAUGUUAUUUAUGCCAUGUUAAAUUCAUUCAGUAUUUUAUGUAAAUAUUCUAACAGCUCAGAGAAAACAAUGCGUUUUACGUCUACAGUGUGUGAAUACUAUCCCUAGAAGUUUAAAGUCUCAGGAAUAACGAUUUAUAUGCAAAAAAAAGGAAAGAAGGAAAGGAAUGAGGAAAGGUAAUAGGGAAUGUUCGAAAAAUUAAAGUUGUUUUAUUGAAGUUUGGACCCACCGAACUUGGUUUUAAUACGGCUGCAUAUCUGCGCGACAAUUUGCCGCUUAUUCAGGAUUAUUAUAAAAAAAAUGUUUUUGUCUUUUUAUGAAAUCGUGGGCAGGUCACAGAAAAAAAUUUAAAA